AUGUCUAAAAGAUUGCGCGUCUACAAAUGGAAUCAGUUAUUGGUGACACCAAAUAUGUUGGUUGCAUACGGUUAUUUUGACGAGCUAUCUAAAUAUUAUCGAUAUAUCAUACAGGAGUGUCUUCGGAAUCAAUCUUGGUACACCUAUUGUAAGAGAAUAGCAAUGAAACCAUUCAACUUUUUCAAUGUUAAACAAUCAAGGAACAAUAUAAUGGCUGGCAAUCGAUCUAUAGAGAUAUCACAAUUGGUCUACGAUCAACAGAUCGAUCUUAUAAAGUCAAUAAACAUGUCGAUCUAUAGUGAUAAUAUGAGAAUAUUGGUAUAUCUGCUAGAGGAGUUGGAUAUUGGUAUUGGUGUUAAUAUAAGGUUAGAGCUGAUAGAGUAUGCUUCCAAACUUGGAAGAUUAAAGAUUGUAAAGUAUUUGGACGGAUUACUAGCGGAUUUCAUAACCGAUCGAAUCUGGAGCUAA